AUACUAAACGCAACCACCACCAUCAUCAGUAUUCCUCUUUUGAACAAACAAAUAAAGGCAGGCAAAAAAAAAAAAAAAAACCCCGUUAUUCUGCAAUGGAUCGAGCAUUUCAGAGAACCAAAGUCCUAACCGGUCACCUCCUCCAAUCACCUCCUACUUCGUCCUUUCAAACCCCUUCUCUUUCUUCAAACGCCUGUUUGAACUACUCUCCGCCCGAACUUUCCGAAAAAUACGCAUUCGACAUCAGCGAUAUGCGGAAGCUAAUGGACGGGCACGACCUGGAGGAGCGGGAUCGGCUGUUUGGGAUGAUCACGCAGAGCAAGGUGUUCAAUCCCAGAGUGAGGGGAGGGAAGGUGUUUGUGUCGCCGGACUAUAACCAGUCCAUGGAGCAGCAGCGGGAGAUGACGUGGAAACGCAUCGAGUAUUUGUUCGAGAGGGGAGUGUUCCAAGGGUGGUUAACGGGGGAAGGAGAAGAAGUUGAGAUGAGAAGGUUCGCUUGCUUUGAGGUUUUGGGUCUCUUCGAUCAUUCCAUCUCCAUUAAGCUUGGAGUUCACUUCUUCUUGUGGGGUGGUGCCAUCCAAUUUUUUGGUACAAAGCACCACCAUGACAAGUGGCUGAGGGACACUGAAAAUUACUUGAUCAAAGGUUGCUUUGCAAUGACUGAGUUGGGGCAUGGAAGUAAUGUUCGCGGCAUUGAAACAAUAACAACAUAUGACUCAAACACAGGGGAGUUUGUCAUUAAUACUCCUUGUGAAUCAGCACAAAAGUAUUGGAUUGGCGGAGCAGCCAACCAUGCAACACACACAAUUGUUUUUUCACAGCUCAAUAUCAAUGGAACCAAUCAAGGGGUUCAUGCACUUAUAGCCCAGAUCAGGGAUGCUGAUGGUAAUGUAUGUCCAAACAUUCGCAUUGCUGACUGUGGUCAUAAAAUUGGUUUAAAUGGUGUUGAUAACGGUAGAAUCUGGUUUGACAAUGUUCGAGUGCCGAGAGAGAACUUAUUAAAUUCAGUUGCUGAUGUUUCACCUGAUGGAAAAUAUCUAAGUGCUAUAAAAGACCCAGAUCAGAGAUUUGCUGCAUUCCUGGCCCCUCUAACAGCAGGCCGUGUUAAUAUUGCAGUUAAUGCAGUUUACCAGUCAAAGGUUGGUUUAGCUAUUGCCAUUAGAUAUGCUCUAACAAGGCGGGCUUUUUCUCUUAAACCAAAGGAACCUGAGGUCUUAUUGCUUGAUUACCCAAGUCAUCAACGACGACUCUUGCCUCUCCUUGCAAAGACGUAUGCUAUGAGUUUUGGAGCAAAUUACUUGAAAAUGCUGUAUGUGAAGAGGACACCCCAGUCAAACAAAAUCAUUCAUGUAGUUUCAAGUUCAUUCAAGGCUACUUUUACAUGGAGUAACAUGCAAAUACUUCAGGAAUGUCGCGAAGCUUGUGGAGGACAAGGACUAAAGACAGAGAAUCGUGUUGGUCAUCUAAAAGCUGAACAUGAUGUGCAAUCCACUUUUGAGGGGGACAAUAAUAUUUUAAUGCAGCAGGUCAGCAAAGCUCUGUUUGCUGAAUACAUGGCAGCUCAGAAGCCAAACAAGGCUUUCAAGGGUCUGGGUUUAGAACACAUGAAUAAGCCCUGCCCUGUCAUUCCAUCACAGCUUACUACGACUACCCUCAGAUGCAGCCAAUUCCAGAUGGAUGUCUUGUGCUUAAGGGAGAGAGAUCUUUUGAAUCGGUUUGUUGCGGAAGUCUCACAGUGUCAAGCCAAGGGAGAAAGUAAAGAGCACGCGUUCAUUAUGAGUUAUCAGCUAGCAGAGGACUUGGGAAAAGCUUUUUCAGAUCGAGCAAUAUUACAAACAUUUGUUGAGGCAGAAGCAACUCUAGCUGCUUGUUCAUUGAAGGAUGUGCUGGGUAUGCUGAGAUCAUUGUAUGCCUUGAAUUGUCUGGAAGAUGGUGCGUAUCUCCGAUAUGGGUACCUGUCAGUUGAGAAUGCUGCUACAGUGAGGAGAGAAAUAACAAAAAUAUGCAGUGAACUUCGACCGCAUGCACUUGCUUUGGUCAGUUCCUUUGGCAUUCCUGAUGCUUUCCUUAGCCCUAUUGCUUUUAACUGGAUUGAUGCCAACUCUUGGUCUUCGGCUCAACAUUGAUAGGAUGUUGUUAAUCUACCAACUGCACCUAACCCAAAGCUUUACUCUUUUCUAAGCAGUUUAUACCCCAACAUACUCAUAAAAAUAAAUUCUGUUCAUAUAAUACAUUUAUAUUUGUUAUUUAGGAA